GUUUUGAUGCUUGUCAUUCUCGCGAGAUACUAAGCGGAAGAUGGCAGAUGGUCUUUUCACCACUGAAAUAUAAUAAGAACGCUUUUCAAUCGGAAGGUUUCUAAUCUUGCUAGCUAACGUUAGCAAGCAAACUACCGCACUGCAAGAUGCAAUGGGGACAUUUUGAAACGAGUGUUAUCGAGGAUGUAGCCGAAUAAUUUGGUAUUUCCAUUCUUAAUCGAAUGUUAACAAUCGUGAGAGUAUAUUUUCCAUUUGUUUUGUUUUUACGUGUGUUGUUUCUGUUGUUGUAACACCGCACCCACAUCCAUUAUAUGCUACAAAAACUGCUAUCUAGGUUAGGUAAAUAGCUAGCUAGUAAGGUAGAUAUUGCAGCUGUCAUUGACAACCAGUCAACAUAAUACAAUAUUAAUCUUAGGUAGCUAGUAACGUUAAAUCAUGACCGGAGAAAAGAUUCGCACAUUGCGGAAAGACCAUAACAACAAGCCUAGUAAGGAUGGGGAUAUAACGUUAAUGGAAACAUAUGAUGAAUCUACAAAUGGGACAAUAACCUCUUCAACACCCAACGGUACCACUAUCACGUACAAAUCAAACAAGAACCAUAACAAGACGGUGAAACCUAUGGUACUGCAGCAGCAGCUAUCGAAUAUCAAUGCAAACAACAUCAAUGCCAAUCAAUCAGUUGGCACCAUCAUCGAUGACUAUAACAAGAACCCCAUCAUUCUGACCAAUGGUAAUGAGGACUUGAAUUUGGAAAUUCCUGUUCACGAAUGCGUGUUCAGAGGAGAUGUGCGUCGCUUGUCCUCACUCAUUCGGACCCAGAACAUCUCCCAGAAAGAUGUGCAUGGAAACACACCUCUUCACUUAGCUGUGAUGAUGGGUCACAAAGAGUGUGCCCUCCUGCUCCUGGCGCAUAAUGCCCCUGUGAAGGUGAAGAAUGCCCAGGGCUGGAGCCCCCUGGCAGAGGCCAUCAGCUAUGGAGACCGACAGAUGAUCACAGCCAUACUGCGGAAGCUGAAGCAGCAGUCCAGAGAGAGUGUGGCGGACAAGAGGCCCAAGCUGCUGAGAGCGCUGAAGGAGCUUGGUGACUUCUACUUGGAGCUUCACUGGGACUUUCAAAGUUGGGUGCCCUUGCUCUCCCGGAUUCUGCCAUCUGAUAACUGCAAGAUCUACAAGCAGGGGCUCAACAUCAGACUGGACACCACUCUGAUAGACUUCUCAGAUAUGAAGUGUCAGAGAGGAGACCUCAGCUUCAUCUUCAACGGAGACGCUCCGUCCUCUAAGUCCUUCUAUGUCCUGGACAACGAGCAGAAGGUGUACCAGCGGAUACACCACGAGGAGUCUGAGAUGGAGACUGAGGAGGAGGUGGACAUCCUGAUGAGCAGCGACGUUUAUUCUGCCACCCUGUCCACCAAGUCCAUCACUUUCUCCCGCAGUCAGAUCGGCUGGCUCUUCAGGGAGGACAAGACCGAGAGGGUUGGUAACUUCCUGGCUGACUUCUACUCUGUGAAUGGCCUGGUGCUGGAGUCCAGGAAGCGCCGGGAGCAUCUGAGUGAGGAGGACAUCCUGAGGAACAAGGCCAUCAUGGAGAGCCUGAGCAAAGGAGGGAACCUGGUGGAGCAGAACUAUGAGCCUCAGAGAAGGCUGUCCCUCACGGCUCCAGACCCCAACACUAUCUCCUGGGAGGAGUACAUCUCUGCAGAGCACGGAAAGGCACCUCAUCUUGGGAGAGAGCUUGUGUGUAAGGAGAGCAAGAAGAACUUCAAAGCGACUGUAGCCAUGAGCCAGGAUUUCCCUCUGGGCAUUGAGUCGUUACUGAAUGUGUUGGAGGUCAUAGCCCCAUUCAAGCAUUUCAACAAACUCAGAGAAUUUGUUCAAAUGAAGCUUCCUCCUGGGUUUCCAGUCAAGCUUGACAUCCCUGUGUUCCCCACUAUCACAGCGACGGUCACCUUCCAAGAGUUCCGCUACGAUGACUUUGAGGAGUCCUUCUUCUCCAUCCCAGCAAACUACAAGGAGGACCCCAGUCGAUUCCCUGACCUCUGACCUGGUUGUCAUAGCAACCAGAGGUGCCCCCGCCCGCUUGGAAGCUGAUAGAGAAACAACCUCUACCUACCUACAUUAUUAAAAGGAAAAUAACCAACUGAAGACAGUUGAGAAGAAAUUAGAGGAUGCCAUCUUAUUGUUUGAUGUCUGUCUGUGUGUUCUGAUGAAAAAAGGGAAUUAUCUCUUGGCCAUGAUUGUGUUCAAUUUUUAGAUAUUUCUUUAUAGCAAUCCAAUGUAAACAGGACUUGUAUUGCACCACAACCAUGUUCAGAUGUGUAGCAAUAACAGCACAAGGUCCCCCAAAAAUAUUUGAUGUCAUCUGCUUAACAAAUUAAUUUACCUACUACAUGAUCACUGCUCUGUGCUGCAACCAGCUCCUGUGAAAGGUUAUGGAGUUGACUGUGACAUCUUCAGCGUGCACUUCUCCAGGCUUAGCACUCACUGAAUCUAGCAUCUGCCCUUUGGAGACUGCCCUUUUCUCAUAAACUAUGGUAUAAAUUAAGUGUUAGAAAUAUAGAGAUGUCAUAACUGAACUGAGCAUAACUUUUUCAUGUUUAAAUGAUGAACCUAAUGUACAUCAUAUAGGCCUAGUCAAAAGGGGCAACACUGUGUAGCAAUACAUUUCCAGUACAUAAGGAUGUUUUUUUUUUUUUUACCUGCUGAGAGAACGUAUGGCGUAAAACGGCAUUCUUACACAGAUCAAUACCCAAGCCUUUCUCUCUCUUGCUCUCUCAGGAUGCAAACUCCUGUAUUUUCAGGUUAGCUCAUCUAUCUUACCUCCUGGCUAUCACCGUCUGUUUCAAGUGAUUGUGUGAAUUUGGGGCUCUAUUCAGUCUGUAGCGCUGAAGAUCCGCUUUAUAGUGCGAUUGACAAUUAUAGGCUAUUUUCCCGUGUUCGCGGAGACUGCAUUCACUAUAAACGCUGUGUCGGCUCAAUCGGAAAUGACCUUUUAUAUUUAUUGCAGAUCUUCCGCUAUACUUCUGCGAUAUGGAUUGAAUCCAGCCCUUAAUAUGUUUUGUGUGUGAGAGAGGACUGUUGUACUAUACUUUAAAGGUAGGGGUGUGUGUGUGAGAGAGAACCCAGAUGGGGUAUCAGGAAAGCUGUUCGUAUGAUACUGCACUGACAUUAAGAAAUAUUUAAUUGCAUGCUAUAUUGACCCAAUUGGAUUACUUAUGUCCUCCUGAGUGUAUAUUUCCUACACACUUGUUAUACCUGCUGCCAUCUCUCUAUCAUUUCUAAUUAUUCAGGAAGAUCAACUUCUACCGUAUAAAUAUUGUAACCACACUAAAACCCUUUGGUCAAAAGCACUUAGGUGCUUUAACCACAAGAUUAUUUCCUUGAGUGUACUUCAGUUUUCCUGUCCAUAUUACACUACAGACUACUACAUUACAUUUCAAUGAGAGUUUAUACAGUUGGACUAUCAACCUGUAAAAUCCAUAUGGUUUUUGAAAUGAGAUGUGACCAGCAGUGGGUAACAGUUUAGCUCAAAAGGAUGUGUAUCUGAGUUGAGCCUACUGGUAUUUAUAAAUGUAUUGCAGCUUUUCCAAUUUCCCAUUCCUUUAAAUAAAGCACCAGCAUCAUGUC